AUGGUUGAUUCACAACUAGCACAAUUGGCCAAGAGGUUUCCUAUCAACUCAUCUUCCACUUUACCCGGACAAUCACAAACCAACCCUUCCAAUAUUGUGAAACCCGACUCUUGCAAGGCAAUCACAUUGAGAUCGAGUACAUCUUAUGAGGGUCCCGAGGAAGAGGAUGGCAAGGAAAAGAAGGAAGGAGAAGAGAAGAUGAGUGAAGAUAAAGAAGUUGAAGAUGAGAAGGUUGAUGAGAAAGAGAAGAAUAUGGAGAAAAAGAAGUCUAAGGAUGUGGUGACAUCCUCAACUUCUAGUGAGGAUAAAAAUCUUGAUGGACCGGUUCCUUUUCCCGGUCGGCUUGCGGAGAGAAAAUUGAAUGACAAAUUUGCAAAGUUUCUAAGUGUGAUGAAAAACUUACACAUUAACCUCCCUUUCAUUGAGGUUUUCACACAAAUUCUCUCAUACUCCAAGUUCUUGAAAGACAUUCUCACCAACAAAAGGAAGCUCAAUGAUGAGCUUAUCACUCUUCCCCAUCAAUUGAGUGCACUUGUUCAACACAAAAUGCCCAAGAAGCAAAAGGAUCCGGGAAGCUUCACCUUUCCAGUCAAGAUUGGGAACAUGGAAGCUAGGGGUGCCUUAGCCGACCUUGGAGCAAGUGUUAGUUUGAUCCCUCUAUCCAUUGCUCAAAAGCUUAACAUUGAGAUGAUCCCCACAAGGAAAAUUAUUCAAUUGGCUGAUCGUUCGGUGAAGCUACCUUGUGGUGAGCUUGAAGAUGUCCCUAUUCAAGUUGGGCAUAUCUAUGUGCCUUGUGACUUUGUAGUGAUGGAUAUGGAAGAAGAUGUGGAUACACCUUUGAUUUUGGGCUGUGAAGCUCUUAAGACCUUAGGGGCGUGCUAUAGGGUUGAUGUUGUCAAUGAAGAGCUAGAUCGUUUGGGAAGGGUUAUGAUGAGUCCUCAAGAUCCAAUGUUUGAAGCUAUCACAUGUGAGGAAGAGUCCUCAAGAUCCAUUGAAGAAGCCAAAGAGGAGGAAGCGAGUGAACCUAAGCAUGAUGAGCUAGAACAUGAGGAGGAAAAAUUGGAGGAGAGCCAUAAAGUAUCAAAAAAGGGCAUUGAAGUAGACUCGGCUAAGGUUUCGGUGAUUGCUAAGUUGCCCCCUCCUACCUCCGUCACGGGAGUGAGAGCUUUUCUUGGGCAUGCUGGUUUUUACCGGAGGUUUAUCAAAAAAAUUUCAUCAAUCACCAAGCCCUUAACCAAGUUACUCAAAAAGGAUGUUGUGUUCAAUUUUGAUGAGGCUUGCCUUGAGGCAUUCCAAAAGCUCAAGGAAGCCCUCAUCUCCUCUCCUGUUGUGCAAGCUACGGAUUGGAGCUUGCCUUUUGAGCGAAUGUGCGAUGCAAGUGAUUUUGCAGUAGGUGUCGUACUUGGACAAAAGAAAGAAGGAAGAUCUUGUGUCAUCUACUAUGCAAGUAGAACGCUCGACGAAGCUCAAAGGAAUUAUACCAUAACGGAGAAGGAAAUGCUAGCGGUUGUCUUUGCCAUGGAUAAGUUCCGGUCCUACCUCAUAUGCUCAAAGGUGAUAGUCUACACAGAUCAUAUAGCGAUCCGCUAUCUUAUGAACAAAAAGGAAGCGAAACCGCGUCUCAUCCGUUGGGUUCUUUCGCUCCAAGACUUUGACAUGGAGAUGAGGGAUAAAAAGGGAACGGAGAAUUAUGUGGCAGAUCAUCUAUCUAGACUUCCUUUUGAGAAUAAGGAAGAGGUGCCUAUCAAUGAAGAGGUAGGGUUUGAGACCCUCAUGGCCAUGGCAUCAGCAUCAAGCCCUUGGUACGCGGAAAUUGCCAACUAUUUAGCAUGUGGAGUCGUUCCCCCGGAAUUCUCCUCUCAACAAAAGAAAAGAUUUUUCAAGGAAGUGAGGAGAUAUUUUUGGAAUGAUCCUUAUUUGUUCAAGCAAUGUGGAGAAAGCCUCUUUCGGAAAUGUGUUCCGGAUCAUGAGAUAGAAGGAGUUCUUGAACAUUGCCACUCAUUGCCAUGUGGAGGGCAUGGAGGAGUUGAAUAG